AUGCCACAACUAGAUACUUCAACAUGAUUUAUCACUAUUUUAUCAAUAAUCAUCACCCUAUUUCUUAUAUUCCAACUAAAAGUAUCAAAAUAUAACUUUCCAGAAAACCCCGAACCAAAACUAGUGGCUACAUCAAAAUCUACUACACCUUGAGAAAAUAAAUGAACGAAAAUCUAUUUUCCUCAUUCACUACCCCUACAAUAA